UGUAUUCAUUCAUACAGAUUUGCAUACAAGUGUUGACACAAUCAGCAAGGGGACCUAAGGAAUGUACAGUCACCUUAAUCAAAGGGGCACCUGUUAGCCGUUGAAACGUUGUACUCAGACAAAACGACCUGCCAGUUUAUACGUGUAUAUCAGCUAUUUGUGUACAGAUUUUGUCAAGCUCAAGUCAGAGCGCCGAGGAAUUUCCAGUUAUCGACCCGUGUGAAGAUAGAUCUACCGUCGUGUCGAUCAGCGUUGUGUGGUCGGAGCAUGGGUGUCGUACUUUCGGUCAGGAUAAAUGUGUGACCACCUUCGCUUGAUUGGACAUCAACAUUGAUACCAAACUGCUACCAUGGAUGCCAAUUGUUGACGAUGUAAGCAAUGAAAACAGCAGCAGCUUCCAAAUACCAUGUUAAUCAAAAUGAGUCGUCUAAUCGGACGCGGAGUCGUCGAGACAGUAGUGAGAAGAAGUAUGAGGAGGUAGCAGUGGUCGGUAAUGGGGCGUACGGGACCGUGUACAAGGCCCGAGACCUCAAGUGUGAUGGGCAGUUUGUUGCCAUGAAGAAGAUUAGGAUCUCCAACACAGAAGAGGGCAUGCCCAUGAGCGCCAUCAGGGAGAUUGCUUUACUCAAACAGCUGGAGAAAUAUGAACAUGAAAAUAUUGUCAGGCUUCUGGACGUGCGUCACACUCCGGUCACGGACAGCGAGAUUCGGCUGACGCUGGUGUUUGAGUACAUCGACCAGGACCUUGCAACCUACUUGGAGCGUUGCCCCUCCCCGGGGCUGGGGCCUGACCGGAUACGGGAUUUGAUGCAUCAGCUGCUGAGUGGUGUAGACUUUCUGCAUGCCCAUCGUAUUGUCCAUCGAGAUCUCAAGCCACAAAAUGUCCUCAUCACAAGUCAAGGUCAACUCAAGUUGGCAGACUUUGGUCUCGCCCGGAUCUACAGUUUCCAGAUGGCGCUGACAUCUGUGGUGGUGACGCUAUGGUACCGUGCCCCGGAGGUGCUAUUACAAGGCCAGUAUGCCACGCCCGUCGAUCUCUGGAGCUGUGGGUGUAUAUUUGCUGAACUUUUCAACAGACGACCUCUAUUUUGUGGCCAAUCUGAUGUCGACCAGUUGAUAAAGAUAUUUGAAGCAAUCGGCCUGCCAUCUGAACUAGAGUGGCCAGAACAUGUCUCGUUGCCAUGGAAGUCAUUCCGAUCAGUUGCUCCGCAGCCUCUGGAAAAGUUUGUUCCGGAAAUUGAUCAUCAGGCCAAGGAUCUCCUGGAGAGGCUGCUUACAUUUGACCCACAUCGACGAAGUAGUGCAAGUGCAGCUCUCUGUCACCCAUACUUCCGGGACGACCUUGACAGUCUCCGUACUUCCAGCUCACUGUCCACAUCAGAAAACGAAUCAUUUGACACAGAUGGCCGUUCAGACACACCGGUCAGCAAGUGAGAUGGUGAGAAGAAGAGUUGUCUCCCCUCACCUGUAUUCUGAUCUGCAGCAGGUGACCAAGGCCAUGUCAGCAAGAUUGUGUAUGAGAAGAAAACAAUUUUUUAAAACAAGAUUUCCGUUUAUGGCUUUUUUAUAUUCAGGAUUCGAUCUUUUUUGCAGAUUUGUUUCAUAAAUGGUAAAACAAACGGAAAAAUGAUUACAUUUUGUUUAAAACAAAGCUUCUGCUUGUACAUUGAAGCUUUGCACAGCGACGAGACACCGGUGUCAAACAUUGAUGUCGGCAUACAGAUUAUACCAGUGGCAGCCAUAUUGAAGGCCAGAAAUCAUUCUACUAUUUGUCCAUAUAUUUCUGCCAUUCAUAAUUCAAGAUGGACCAAUAUUGAUAUUUUCAUACAUUUACACCUGUUUUUAAUGGUUUUAUUGAUUGCCUGUGUUCACAUUAAUACACCAGUAAUAUUAUACCUAUAUCUGUAUUUGAAGAUUGUUGACUAUCUUUGGCACGGUGUUAUCUUGCAGCCACUCUCUCUGUGAUGUGUGAUGUGUGUGUGAUUAGUGUGACUGUGUGUGUGUGGACUGCAGCCAGUGCUCCUAUCCUGCUGGGAUGUUAGCAUGCUUUGUGGUAUUUUGGUGCAUCACAUCCUGAUACACGUCAUCGAUAACUUGUAUGCCAUGUUUGGUCCACCAUGCAAUCAGGUCACAAACCAUUCGAAGAACAAAUCUUUUCUACUUACCAUCUUUGGCCAAGAUAAAUUAAUUACGAGACAAGCAGGAGGUAUUUGUUAUAUUUAUUAUUUUUUUGUACUGACUGCAAAUAGCCAUCUUUCCAGUUGAAGAAAGAAUGAAAUGUGUGCUUCAUGAAGUCAAGUAAGCCCCUGCCUCAGUAGAACAGGAUGUUAAUCUCGUACAUAAUGUAUUUUGGCCUUCAGGACCUUGUGGGCCCAAAUGUUGUAUUUUUGAAGGAGCUUUCUCCUGACAAUAAUGUUGAUGUUACUUCUGUUGCGUGUAUGUAUUGUGAUUGUGUAAGUACUGCCGUGCCCAUGGACAUAAUCUAUUCAUGGUGACUUACAUUAAAAGUCUCAAAUGAAAUCUCUUUUGGGAUGAAAUAUUCUGUAAGAAUGUGGAUUACAUUUUUCUGUUAGAUUGAACCUGGAGCAGACGCUUGUAUGGUUUGCAUUAACAAGUCAACUGAUCUCUUACUUUUAAAGUGAGCUUUAAUAAGUGAGCUUAAGUUGUGGGCCCAACUGGUGGUAAAUCAUUGGAGCCUAAAGAGUUACCUCCCUUAGUUCUCUAUGCCAUGUCCCUCAGUUUGUGUCUUUGAACAGAAAGUUAUGUGAAACUUGUUUGCCUCCGUGAGUCAUGAAUAUGUCAGUUAAGAGUAUUCUCUUUCAAUGCAACUAGCUGUAUGACUAUGAAAUAUCUUCUUCUGUACUUAUCUGUACUUAAUGAACCCAUCUAAGCAGGCUCUGAAUCAAAAGUCUAGAAGAGAGACUGCGAAAGUUCCUCUCAGUUGGAUAAGGAUGAGAGCACGUAGCCACUCCACAGGCUGAGAAGCUUUACCAGGCUUCUUCAACGUUUAGUCCGAUUUGCUGCUCUGUGUUCACAAUCAUGUGAAUCAGUGACCUCCGGCACAUGACCAGUGCAGAUGUGUCUGUCACAUGAUUGUUGUGUCAAUUUCACUCUUUGAGUGUCUGACAUCUGACCUUGAGAGUCUUGCAUGGACAUUCAUCCUCUGGUUUGGGCCUUGAUAAUCUUGCAUGGACCAUCAUCAUCUUGCUUGGGCCUUGAUAGUCUUGCAUGGACCAUCAUCGUCUUGCUUGGGCCUUGAGAGUCUUGCAUAGACCUUCAACGUCUGGCUUCGGCCUUGAAAGUCUUGCAUGGACCAUCAUCGUCUUGCUUGGGCCUUGAUAGUCUUGCAUGGACCAUCAUCGUCUUGCUUGGGCCUUGAUAGUCUUGCAUGGACCAUCAUCGUCUUGCUUGGGCCUUGAUAGUCUUGCAUGGACCAUCAUCGUCUUGCUUGGGCCUUGAGAGCCUUGCAUUGACCUUCAACGUCUGGCUUCGGCCUUGAAAGUCUUGCAUGGACCAUCAUCAUCUUGCUUGGGCCUUGAUAGUCUUGCAUGGAUCAUCAUCGUCUUGCUUGGGCCUUGAUAGUCUUGCAUGGACCAUCAUGAUCUUGCUUGGGCCUUGAUAGUCUUGCAUGGACCAUCAUCGUCUUGCUUGGGCCUUGAUAGUCUUGCAUGGACCAUCAUCGUCUUGCUUGGGCCUUGAUAGUCUUGCAUGGACCAUCAUCGUCUUGCUUGGGCCUUGAUAGUCUUGCAUGGACCAUCAUCGUCUUGCUUGGGCCUUGAUAGUCUUGCAUGGACCAUCAUCGUCUUGCUUGGGCCUUGAUAGUCUUGCAUGGACCAUCAUCGUCUUGCUUGGGCCUUGAUAGUCUUGCAUGGACCAUCAUCGUCUUGCUUGGGCCUUGAGAGUCUUGCAUGGACAUUCAACGUCUGGCUUUGGCCUUGAAAGUCUUGCAUGGACCUUCAACGACUGGCGUGGGCUUAUGUGUUCAACAUUGAUCCUAUGUGUCUGUUGGGAAUCUUAUGCAGAGAUGCUGACCAUUAUGAUAUUUUGAACCAAAUUCCACCAAUUUGAUUAACAUGUUGCCACUAAUUGAAACUUUUUACUGACAUCACUACAGGUUUUGUCACACAUCAAAUCGGUUGAUAAUUUAAUUAUAUUUGGGUGGUGCAAAAAAUGAUUUAUUUUCAUAAAAAGUUAUUCUUGGUAAUAGUGAUUUCUAAUUAUUUUUUUAAAACUUUAACUUGUCAACACCCACAUGAUCCCCAAUAUUCCUAAUGUGUCUCAAUUUUUAGUUGGCAUCUCUGCUUGAGUUCUGCUUUAAUGUUGACCUGGGCCUAAGUUUGUGACAUACAACCCAAUAAUGUCUGCUAAACCUGUGUCCACAUUAUUGUGUAGACCAGCAUGAAGUGUUCAUUUGCAAAUCAACUCAACACUCAUGACCCAUAUUCAGAUCGACAUCACUGUACAAGGGUUGAUGCAGAGUUAUCUCCCCCUUUUCCAGUUUUUACCAUCAUGCAGUUCAUCCACAGCGCUGUUGUUUUCACAACAAAUACCCAUAAUCGUACCUGCUCAAAUGUGAUACAGUAAGCAUUUAUCUUCAAAGAAGAAAUCAAAAUGGUGUGACAAGUAUUGUAGUGCCUUACCUGUCUCUUAGCGUAGCAUGAGGUCAUGUGUCUCCCACCGCCAAACUGGCAUGCUGUGGACAAUGUCAGCACAUCCCCAUUCAUAACAUCAGAUAUGCAUAUUGACAUUUCAUGCAUUUUUCUAGCAUUAGAAGCAGAAACCUGACGGGAUCUAGGAGGCCGUUAUUUUCAUUCCUUUGUAUGCCAGCAUGCCCUCAGCUAUUUUGGUAACCAGGGUGCCUUGUGAAAUUGGUUCAAGCCCUUCAUACGUUUGUCCAUUACCUUCUUAUGAUGAGUACCUAGUGUUAUUGGUGCAGGGCCUGGCUAUAUUAGCUCCUGGCCUCCUACUGUUUGCAUAUUGCCUUGUAGAAAGUCACAUGGUCACAUUUCCCCAGCUGAAUUUAUCAGGAUAAACAUCUCCCCAACGCCCUCAGUUGUCUCUGGUUGUGUUCAGUAUUAAUAUUUUGCAGCAAUCUGUCACAAAAUCCCAGUGUCAUCUCACUUGUUGUCCUAGUCUACAACAUGAGUACAACAAAAGCAUCAUUCCAUGGCCUAUCCGUCCACGUAUAUGACCACAAUAAAUUCAAAACUUCCUGCCGGUUGUGAGCUCACUGGCUGCCCAAUCAGCUGUUUUGUAAUGUAUAUUAGGAGCAUUGAAUGUUCAGCCCCUCCUUCCAAAGACUAUCCUGCCACAGGGAGGUGCAUCACCAGCCUUAGAUUAAGACCAGCUCAAGUGUUCAAGUCACAGUGCUUGGAGGUCUUACCUUGAUGCCUUUUUGCACCCACAUUCACCAACCCACAUUUAUCGACCCACAUUCACCUAUCCAGUCACUGACCCACAGUUGCCAAUUCAAAUUCACUGUCCGAAUCACCAGCACACAUUCGCUGAGCCACAGUCGUCGACCAACAUCGAUCCUCACAUUUACGGACUUGGUCUCCUAUUCACAUUGACUAACCCGCAGUCACCUUUUGCACAGCCCUCCAACAGUGACCUAUUGUCACUACAAACAUCCACUAUCCUGCCAACCUUAAAGUCUGAUGUCUCAAAAUAUCCAAUUCAUUUAAUCAGCCUUGCCGACCAAGCUCAACCCGCCCGGGGUAGAAUAGGUCUUCAGCUACCCAUGCUUGCCGUAAAAGGCGACUAUACUUGUCAUAAGAGGCGACAAACAGGAUCGUGUAGUCAGGCUCACUGACUUGGUUAAUGCAUGUCAUCGUAUC